AAGCGCCCUCCAGAGAUUCACUCUCUCUCACACACACUCUCACUUCAGGAAUAUGUGUCAGAUGGAUGGUGAGGCGAAAAACAAGAGUGUUUAAAAUAUGGUGCAAACGGUACGCGCCUCCGCGCUUCGCUUGGCCUUUUAUCAGGACAAAGGAAGUCGAUGAGCCGUUCUAAGCUACUGCCAUUUUCAGGUCAGUCGAGGAGACUCGCCGGUGCUCGAACUGUCGAUAAGCGGAACACAGAGCAAAGCGAUGAAGCACCGUGAAUGAUUAUGGCCGAUAUUCACCGAAGGGGCACGGACAGAGGUAGAGGCAGGAUGACAUCAGGAUACUCGCAGCAGUACGCGAGCGGAAAACCGUCAGACAUACAGGAGCUGGCGUCCAAGCGCGUGGACAUCCAGAAGAAGCGCUUCUACCUGGACGUGAAGCAGAGCACCCGUGGCCGCUUCCUGAAGAUCGCCGAGGUGUGGAUCGGCCGAGGCCGGCACGACAACAUCCGCAAGAGCAAGCUCACCCUCUCCAUGUCUAUGGCCCCCGAUUUGCGCUACUGCCUGGGCGAAUUCAUCGAUUAUUACGCGCACAUCGGGCUUCGAGGAAGCCAGGCGCCAGACCACCGGCCGGAGGGGCAGAGCAACGGUCAGGGACGCGCGCCGUACCCUCUGAGAGCAGCGGAUCUGGCGGCGUCCCCCAGCGGCUCUGCCGCGUCCGAGGAGCAGACGCACAGGGUGCUGAAGAGCGAGUUCAUCGAGCGGGACAAUAGGAAGUAUUACCUGGACCUGAAGGAGAACCAGCGCGGCCGGUUCCUGCGCAUCAGACAGACAGUCAACCGAGGACACGGAAGCAUGGGUUACUACGGGCAGGGUAUCGAGCAGACCAUCGUGCUGCCCGCGCAAGGUCUCAUCGAGUUCAGAGAUGCGCUGUCUCAGCUCAUCGACGACUACGGUGACGACGAGCCAGAGCGGGCCUGCGCGCGGAACCACGACGAGUCGCCCGAGCUACCCGAUGCCGCGUCGUUCCGCGUCGACAACAAGCGAUUUUACUUCGACGUAGGCUCGAACCGCUUCGGCGUCUUUCUGAAGAUCAGUGAGGUCCGGCAGCCCUACAGGAACACUAUUACCGUCCCGCUGAAAGCCUGGGCCAGCUUCGGGGAGAACUUCAUGAGGUAUGAGGAGGAGAUGCGGCACAUCUUCACCUGUCAUGAAGAGAAGAGGAGAGGCACGGAAGAGCACGAGGAUUGACGAAAACUAACGUACUUCUGAUACUUUUGAUUGUUAGUUGUACCUCUAGCCUCCUGCGGUUCUAGCGGACGAUCGUGACCGGUGCCGGACAGGUGCAGUCUUUCAUUAGGUGUGUGUGUGUGUGUGUGUGUGUGUGAGCGCUUAGUAGAGCAUUGGGAAUCGGUGUUAUUACAUCCAGUAGCCUACUUCUUCCCAGGCUUAACGUGUGGGGCUGCUGUGCAAUUUCUCAAAGCUGGGAAUCAAAUAAUCAAGGUCUUAUUAAGCACUUAUAUCAGAAAAGCCCUGCACACGAUCAAGUGCGGAAUAUUUCGAUUGGUCAAAGUGAAGGUUUUUUUUUUUUUUUUUACAGCCUGACUUUGUCAAUGAUAAAGAGAACUGCAACAAUUUGCCAUUGCAGAAAUACUGAUUUCCUCAUUUGAAAUUAGAAACCAAAAAGUGCAUUAAUAUUUAAAAUAUUUGGAUUCAUUAUUUACACACUAGCCUAAUGAAAAAUACCUAACACAAUGAGGCUGCUCUAACUAUAAAGCAUCAAAUAUAUGACAUUGUGUGUCCAUGCUUUAGCAUAAAUGAACGGACACGUCAAGAUUACUUUUUUUAAAAGUUUAAAGUUUUUAAAAGUGGCUUUAAAUAAUGGAUUUUAAUCUCUCUGAUGAGACAAAAUCAUCAUUGAUAGGUGUGCAAUAUAUUAUUUUUCCCUGACAGUUGUUUUAAUAUAACAGAAUUUAGUUUAGCUUGGUUUUGCAGGGUUAUGUGGUCAUAUGUGAAAUGCUGAAAAGAAUUGUCACACUGGGUUUACACAAACCUAAAAUAGGUUUCAAUGCAUUUAACAUGUCAUUCCUCUCAAAACAAUAGCUGUUUAAAUCUACUUAUCGUCAUACACAUAUUCUACUGCAUCACUAAUACGUAAUCAUUUGUUUUUUAAAUAGUAUUUGAUCAA